AUGUUGCUGAUGGAUCGUAAUUUUAAUACUUCUUCUAGUAGUGGUGAUAAUCCUUUAACUUAUCAGCAACAUUGUUUUGGUUUUUUGGUCAUCUUGAGAUAUGGAUUCUCGUGGUUUUUUUCUUCUGCUACUAUGGUUAUUGAUGUUCCUACUGGUGGUUUUACUGGUGUUAUUUUGUCAAAUUCUAGUCUCGAUGUUGCUUUGCAUGAUACUUACUAUGUUGUAGUUUGUCGUUUUCUUUAUGCUUUGAGAAUAGGGGCUGUUUUUGGUAUUUUUUGUUAG